CUGCCAAACGACGGCAGCAGUCGUCUGGAUCCUGGAUCCCUCCCAGUGAGCGCGAGUGGGCACGUGAUAACGUGAUUUUAUAUACUUAUCUAUGAACGCGGUGGACGGCCCUCCUAACCGCAUACGAUUAAUACAAUAACAAUAAACAACAAUAACAAUGUUUAUAAUAAUUAAUAUAAUACUACAGAUAGGCUAUUUGUUGUAACCGCCUAGCGGCACGCCGUUAUUUUUGGCGAUUAUUUCGUUUUAUUGUGCGCGAUUAGUGUUUAUUAUAUUUUUCUACUUUCUAGUCAUUACCGUUGACUGCAAACGCUUGUCGCCUUUUGAUUGUGCGGUAUUGCAGGCGAUUCGCCAUGUCACUAGGGUGGAUAUAGUGAGUUUUAGCGACCAAGUCAAAGGUGGCGGCGGUGCCUAGGACCUGACUCGGCUACAUGACCGAUGUGACGUUCGGUGAGAUAUGUGCGACGAGAAGCUUCAGCAGUCGCAAAAGCCAAUAAAUGGAUUGGGUUGUCAUCAACCAGUGGCGAUGCUUAACAGCAACGGUGGCACCGCCAGUAACAGCAAGUACAUUACUUUGGAGGAGAGCAUGGAGAUCAUUAAUCAGCAGAGCCAGGAGAUUUAUGAACUAAGGACCCAGUUGAAUCUCGUAAUGAACGAGCGAGACAUGUUGCUCAGCGAAGUUGGGCGCCUCAAAUUUGAUAUGGAACUAUACGAACAAAGAACAACUUUGCAUGAUGUCAGGGAGGACAAAUAUGAAAAGAGCAAUAACAGAAAUUUCUUAAAUCAGUGUGAACAAUACAGUCAUUGGCCAAAUACUACCACUAAAAAUAAUAUGGUUCAACCAGAGCUAUUUCAUACAACUGCUUCGUAUGAGCUAUCACAAGAUUUGAUUGAAAAACAAAUUGAGUUGCUUGAAAGAAAAUAUGGUGGAGACAAAGCUAGACAAGCGGCAUUAGUCAUACAAAGAGCGUUCCGCCACUACAUGUUAGUGAAAAAGUUUGCUCACAUCACAGCUAUGGCCAAAGCUGAAAAAAGACUUAGCAAACGGUUAGAAGAAACCCAAAGUCUGCGAUCUCACGAUAGCCAGUUGAGUGUCAGAUCAGGAUCGCUAAGAGAACGACGAUCGGGCUAUUCUCCUACCAAAUGUAACUCUCUUCCACGUUCUCGUUCAGGCCGUUGUGAUAUAAACUAUUAUUAUGGUUUAGAGUCUUCUUGUGCACAUUUCUACUCACAUAAUUACAGUUACAAUGACAUGAAAGAGGAUAUUACUAGUCAAAUGACACAUCAGAAAAUGCCUAACUACUUGUAUGCCAGUGGUCAUCAUUGCAAUGAUUCCGACACGUAUAGACAAAGUCAUACUGGUAUAGAGUGCAAUCAGUACCCUACCAACACCUCUUCAUCGUCAUCAUGUAUGUACACUGUGAGCUCUGCAGCAUACACAUCAAAUAUUUCCAAAAACAAAGUUCCUCCAGAGGUACCAAAACGAACUUCUUCGAUAUCGUUUCGGUCUUUAAGAGAUCAACAUCAAAAUUUAGCCCCUAAUACGCUUAACAAAAUGACCGAUAGUGGAAGCUUGUCAAGUGUUCAGUCUUCUGGCAGCGAUGGUAGUAUUUCUAGUCAAUCUCAUAAUAUGAAUCAAACCAACACUUCAGUUGACUCAUCAGUUGUGUCAAACUCUGCUGUGUCGUGGAAUAAAAAGUCUCAAAUUUCUGAUGUUAUAAGAAAACGGCAGUAUCGCAUUGGUCUCAAUCUUUUUAACAAGAAACCAUCUAAAGGAAUUAUUUACCUUGUUUGUAGAGGAUUUCUCGACAACUCUCCUCAUGCAGUAGCAAGGUUCUUGAUAUCUCGUAAAGGUCUUAGUAAGCAAAUGAUUGGAGAAUACUUGGGCGAUUUACAAAAUCCAUUUAAUGCAACUGUCUUGGAAUAUUUCGCACAAGAAAUAGACCUCUCAGGUAUGCAGGUAGAUGUUGCUCUGCGUAAAUUUCAGACUUAUUUUCGAAUGCCUGGUGAAGCUCAAAAAAUUGAAAGACUCAUUGAAGUGUUUAGCCACCGAUAUUGUCAUUGUAAUAGAGAUGUGGUAGCUAGGUUGAGGAACUUGGAUACAGUUUUUAUACUGGCAUUUGCAAUUAUAAUGCUUAACACUGAUUUACAUACACCAAAUUUAAAACCUGAACGACGCAUGAAAAUGAACGACUUUAUAAAAAAUCUUAGAGGUAUUGAUGAUUGUUGUGAUAUUGACCGAGAUAUGUUAGUUGGUAUUUAUGAGCGAAUAAAAGCAAAUGAGUUCAAACCAGGUUCAGAUCACGUUACCCAAGUCAUGAAGGUGCAGUCCACAAUAGUUGGGAAAAAGCCAAACUUGGCUUUGCCACAUCGUCGAUUGGUAUGCUAUUGUAGGUUGUAUGAAGUGAUUGAUGUUUAUAAAAAAGAACGCCCAGGUGUUCAUCAACGGGAAGUAUUCCUUUUUAACGAUCUUCUAGUCAUUACCAAAAUACUUUCCAAAAAGAAAAACUCUGUCACUUAUACAUUUCGCCAAAGUUAUCCUCUAAAUGGUUUAACCGUGUCAUUAUUUCAAAUGCCGCAUUAUCAAUAUGGUAUUAAACUUACACUACGACUCGACAACCGCUUGUUAAUAACAUUCAAUGCACGCAAUGAUCAUGACCGCUGUAAAUUUGUUGAAGAUAUUCGGGAAUCUAUUUGUGAAAUGGAUGAGAUGGAAAACUUAAGAAUUGAAUCUGAACUCGAACGACAUAGACAUGGUCAUAAUAAUAGAUCGACCAACAGUAAUUCAGAGAAUCGUGAUAGCGGAGUAGCAGAUAUUGAUUUAGGUCCAUUGCCUUCACCACCAGUGCGCAAUCUCAAACAAUAUCAUGAAGAUACAUUUGGUAACGGUCCACCAAAAAAACAAACAACACUAAAGCGCGCUGCCAUGACAGUCACUUAAAAUAUAAAAAAAUGUUAAACCAUUAACACUCCUGAAAAAAAGGAGUUUCUCAUUAACUUUUUUUAGCACUUAUGUAUUGUCUUUAAUUUUUUUGUUUUUUUUUUUUACCACACUUUUUUAAUAUAAAUAUAUAAUAAUAAUUUAUUCUUUCUAUAUUGGUAUGUCAAAUUAUGAAUUUAACGUAAUUAUUAUUAUUGUAAUAGUACAACACAGAAAUAUGUGUGUACAACAAAAGUUCAUAUAUAUUUGAAUAGAGCUUUGCCAAAUAUUUUUGCUUUAUACUACUUUAUAGAAGUAUAGUAUAGAUGGACAACGCCCAUGUAUGAAUUUGAUUCUCCUUUUUGGUGUAAUUUCAGAGUUAAAUCCAGAAAUUCCUGUAAAAUAGAGUUGCCAGUUUUAACACUAGCGUUGCCUAUCUAUAGUGUAUUUAAUUUAUGUAACUACGUCUACGUAAUAAUACAAUUAUUUAUUUAUAAUUAAUACUUGUUAAGUCAAACUUUUUAAUACUUUUUUUACUAGAUUUGCUGUGUGCUUGCUUUUCAUUUAUAAUUCAUAAUAAUUAUGUAUUCAAUUAUAAAAAUUAUAUGAAUUAGAUAUCGA